GUUAGAAGAGCAGACGCACGCAAAGCUCGCCGAUAUUUAGUAACAAGAACACUUUCAUGGACGCUCGUUAUCCGAACGUUCCUGAAGAGAAGCCGGCUGCAGUCGUCAAGCAACUUCGUUCACAAGGAACCCUGCUUUCUCAAGGACUACUCUUUGCCGUCGCGUUUUUGUUCUGGACUCGUUCUUAAAGUGGAAGACGUUAUUUUGCUAUUUGUUCCCCAAAGUUAUGUCCGUUAUUCUGUUCGCUUUAUUUUUCCAUUGCUUUGGAAUAUAAGGAAGCCGUUUAAAAAAACAAACAAACAAAAAAAAAACUUUUGGGAUUUAUUUGCCUUUUUAAAUGCUUUGAUCUGCACUUUGGCGGUUGCGAAGGAACAUUUCAAACUUUUCUCGUUGUGUGUGUGUGUGUGCGUGAAAUGUCUACACUGUUGCUUUUCUAACCGAAGCUUGGAGCUGGAGCUGUUUAUAGCAUCACUAUCACAUAACGUUGCAUUUGGACGCACAUGUGUUUUUUAGAUCAUAGACAGUAAGCGGCACUUGAACCCUGCGAUGCAUAAGUUCUGCCUGACCGUACUGCUCGUGCUGCGCGGACUCAUCAUCUGCGUCUGUUCCAGCGAUGAACCACAUCACCCCGGGCUGUACAAGGACGCGACUGCGACCCCGACAGAUCCAUGUCUGCAAGUGAUCCCUCCGUGUAUGACAGAGGCUGAUCGCUUCAGCCUGGAGGCUCUUCAGCACAUCCACAGAGAGAUGGACGAUGAUCAGGAUGGAGGCAUUGAGGUGGAGAGCGUUGAGUUCAUCAUUGAAGAUAUGCAGCAGCAACAACAGACCAACAAACAUAGUAAACUCCAUCACGAGGACCAGCAUAUAACUUUGGAGGAGCUUUGGAAGGGCUGGAAAUCUUCUGAAGUUCAUAACUGGACUCAGGAGGAUGUCUUGAGGUGGUUAAGAGAGUUUGUUGAGUUGCCUCAGUAUGAAAAGAGCUUCAAAGAGCUGCGUGUCAAUGGGAACACCUUGCCCAGGAUUGCUUCCCAUGAGCCAUCAUUUAUGAGCACAUAUCUGAAGAUACAAGACCAGCAACACAAACAAAAACUCAAGCUCAAAGCCCUGGAUGUAGUGCUGUUUGGCCCACCUACACGACCCCCACACAACUGGAUGAAAGACCUGGUUCUGAUAGUGUCUGUUGUAAUGGGGAUUGGUGGAUGCUGGUUUGCACGAGUACAGAAUAAAGCAUCUAAGAUUCAUAUUUCAAAAAUGAUGAAGGACCUUGAAAGCUUGCAGAGAGCUGAACAAAGCCUCAGAGACUUACAGGAGCAGUUGGAAAAGGCCCAGGAAGAGAAGCGCACAGUGGCGGUAGAGAAGAAGAAUCUAGAAGAAAAGAUGAGGGAUGAGAUUCAGGGUGCUCAGGAAGAGGCCAACCGCCUGCACAGACUCCGAGAUGGAGCAGUGAGUGAACUAACCCGUCUUCGGUAUGCAGAAGAAGAGCUUGAACAGGUGCGUGAUGCUCUGAAGAGGGCAGAGAAAGACAUGCAGUGCCUCUGGUCAGUUCCUGAAUCUUUGCAGCUGUGGCUACAGCUCACCCAUGAGGUAGAGGUCCAGUACUACAACGUCAAGAAGCAAAGUGCAGAACAACAACUAGUCACGGCUAAAGAUGAGGCUGAGAAGAUCAAAAAAAGGAGUUCUGUUUUGAGUACGCUACAUGUCGCACAUAGCUCCUCAUUGGAUCAAGUGGAUCAGAGAAUUCUGGAGGCCAAGUAAUUUGUUUAUUCUCAUUUUAAACUUAAGACACUGAAUACAUAAUGUAUUUUCAAUAUGGGUCCGAACACUUUUUGGGCUAGUGCAUGUAUGCUGAAUUUCAAAUGUCAAAUUUCAAGAAAAUAUCUGAUUCUGAAAUAUCUGGGUUUACAAUGACCAGCAUACUGUA